ACAUUUCGUUAUCACCGUCAAAAUCAAAAUCCGGGACGAUAAUUCUCGCACACGUUCUCCAUCACUUUCCCUCGAUCCAAAACCAGAGUGGGAACUACACGCGAAUCGAAUCAUAAAUGGAAUGUGAAUUUUGAAAUCGAGGAAGAAGACGAAAUCGGAGCAUUAUUGGAUUGAGUUUUGAAGUUUUUAGGAGAAGGAAAUGAUGGCGUCGGAUCCAAAACUGAAGGCUGAGAUCGGAGCCGAUGGUCUUGCAAGAGAAGCUCCUGUUAUUGCUUACACAGAGAAGAUAAUCGAGGAAGAGCAAGUUCAGCUGAGGAAAUACAUUGAGGAGAACUAUACAAAAAUUAGGGAUGUUGAAAGGGAAUUUGGAAACCUUUCAAUGGAAUUGAAACUCACUGCUGGACCUAAGAAAGCAGCAAUGGAACACUUGAGAAAGAAAAUCGAAGUCUCAACUGAAAGGAUCCAUGCUGCUAAGUUGAAAGAAGAAGAAGCGCGAAAGGCAUUUGAAGCAGCAUCAAAAGUUGUGAAGGAUGAAGAAGCAACAAAACAGAGUCUUUGCGAAGAUUUAAACAGUCUGGUACAACAAAGCAGCAAUACGCAGUACGCCAGACUUGAGGAAUUGAAAAGAAGACUAGAAGCGUUGAAUCCAAAUCGAUCAUCUACUUCUAUUCAGCAAGUGCAAGAACCGGAGACUAAAUCUGUAGUAGACAGCGCACCAGCAGCCAAUGCGAACCAAACUCACCCGGGAAAACCUGAAAAUAACCACGGGAACGAGGAAGGUGGUAAAGAACAUGGACAGAGACCAGCAACAGCUGAAGGAGAAUCAAAAGCGAAAAAGAAACCACAGAAUCAAGGGAGGGGAAGAGGAAUUGGAAUAAUGAACAAAGGCAGAGGAGGUUGGACAGGUGCUGGAUUCGAUGUCGAUGGUAGAAAUUGAGAUACAUAUAUCUAGAUAAUCCAUAUACCGAAAGCGUCAUUUCGAAUCAGAAGUAUGUCAAAUAUAUUGUUACCAGGUAUGUUCUAUCAUCUUUUAACAUCGAUGGACCAGUACGUAGCCACAAAGACUUCUCAUUUUCUCAUACACUUGUGUUACUGAAAAGAAAUCCAUCCAAUCAUAUUUGGACUGUUCAUUGAUCAUCUCUUGUGUAUGUCUCCAAUUUUGUGCAAUUGGGUUUGAUGUAAUAAUCUGAGAACAGUUAAGUUUGAUUGUCUAAGAGGUUAGAGUGAGGCAUGAUUCGUUAUGGUAUGGAGAGCAAGUUUCAUAUGAUUAGUAAUCAUACUAUUCGAUCUUUAAUACUCGAAAGUUAUAAAGAUAUGAAUCGCAAAUUUGGGCUCUCUAACUUGGUCAAAACGAAAAAUUGGGAUCUCCUGAAUUAACUAACUGGAACUGGUGGUAGAUUAAGGUCAAAAGAGUGACAGUAAAUCUUAAUGCUUCUUCUCUUGCUCUGGUAUAACAUAUCAAAAUACU